GCCGGCCGGGGCGGCGGCGGCGGCUCCGCGAUGGCGGCGGGCGCGGGGCUCCCGGUGAGGGGGGAACGGCGCGGAGUCCCCCCGGGAGAGCGGCCGGGGGUCGCCGUGGCCACGGAGCGCAGGUGAUCCCGGGCUGGCCAUGGCCUCUCCUGCCGGCAGCCCCGGCUCCUGGAGCCUGGAGGGGCCCUCGGGCUCCCCGGCAGCGCCGGGGGAGGCGCUGAGCCCCGACGAGCUGCAGCUGCUGGCCAAGCUGGAGGAGCAGAACCGGCUGCUGGAGGCCGACUCCAAGUCGAUGCGCUCGGUGAACGGCUCGCGGCGCAACAGCGGCUCCUCGCUGGUGUCCAGCUCCUCGGCCUCGUCCAACCUCAGCCACCUGGAGGAGGACACCUGGAUCCUCUGGGGCCGCAUCGUCAACGAGUGGGACGAGUGGAGGAAGAAGAAGGAGAAGCUGCUCAAGGAGCUGAUCCGCAAGGGGAUCCCGCAGCACUUCCGGGCCAUCGUGUGGCAGCUGCUGUGCAGCGCGGCCGAGCUGCCGCUCAAGGCGCAGUACUCGGAGCUGCUGCGGAUGUCGUCGCCCUGCGAGCGCCUGAUCCGCCGCGACAUCGCCCGCACCUACCCCGAGCACGACUUCUUCAAGGGCCAGGACAGCCUGGGCCAGGAGGUGCUCUUCAACGUCAUGAAGGCCUAUUCUCUGGUGGAUCGCGAGGUCGGUUACUGCCAGGGCAGCGCCUUCAUCGUGGGACUGCUGCUCAUGCAGAUGCCUGAGGAGGAGGCGUUCAGCGUCUUCGUGCGCCUCAUGCAGCAGUACCGCCUGCGCGAGCUCUUCAAGCCCAGCAUGGCCGAGCUGGGGCUCUGCAUCUACCAGUUCGAGUUCCUGCUGCAGGAGCAGCUGCCGGAGCUGAACGUGCACUUCCGCUCGCAGAGCUUCCUCACCUCCAUGUACGCCUCGUCCUGGUUCCUCACGCUCUUCCUCACCACCUUCCCCCUGCCCGUGGCCACGCGCGUCUUCGACAUCUUCAUGUACGAGGGGCUGGAGAUCGUGUUCCGCGUGGGGAUGGCCCUGCUGCAGUUCAACCAGGCCGAGCUGGUGCAGCUGGACAUGGAGGGCAUGUCCCAGUACUUCCAGAAGGUGAUCCCGCACCAGUUCGACUCGUGCCCGGACCAGCUGAUCCUGCGCGCCUGCCAGGUCAAGUACAACCCCCGCAGGAUGAAGAGGCUGGAGAAGGAAUACGCCGCCCUCAAGAGCAAAGAGAUGGAGGAGCAGAUCGAGAUCAAGCGGCUCCGCUCCGAGAAUCGGCUCCUGAAGCAGCGAAUCGAGACCCUGGAGAAGGAGAGCGCGGCCCUGGCCGAUCGCCUCAUCCAGGGCCAGGUGACGCGGGCGCAGGAGGCCGAGGAGAACGACGUCAUCCGGCGGGAGCUGGCGCUGGUGCGGCAACGCUGCAGCUCGGCCACCGAGAGCCUCCGGAGGGCACAGAGCACCAUCAGAGAGCUCCAGCAACGCUGCAGCUCGGCCACCGAGAGCCUCCGGAGGGCACAGAGCACCAUCAGAGAGCUCCAGGGUAACCCCCGUCUGAGCGAGGAGUUCGUGGCGCACCUGGAGACGGAGCUGGAGCGGUCGCGGCUGCGCGAGAGCGAAACCCUGGGCGCCCUCAAGGAGAUGCAGGACAAGGUCCUGGACAUGGAGAAGCGGCAGCCGCUGCUGCCGGACGAGUCCAGCGUGGUUCGGCUGCAGGAGGAGCUGCAGGAGCUGGCACUGAGUGACAUCGGGGACAGCUGGCAGGUGUGCGGGGGCCGCUGGAAGGAGCCGCGGGCGCUGCACGAGGCCGUGCUGGGGGUGCAGCUCCGAGAGAGCCAGGCCCAGGUGGAGCUGAGAGCGCUGAGACAGCGAGUGCUGCACCUGGAGACACAGGGGCGGAUCCAGCGGUCGGUGCUGGGCCGGGCCGAGCAGGCCUGCGCCGGCCUGCGGGAGCAGGGCUGGGUUUAUGCCGGGUUUAUCCCGGUUAAUCCCGGGUUUAUCUGCAUUAAUCCCGGGUUUAUCCCGGCUCUAGGGGCGGAUCCAGCGGGGCGGAUCCAGCGGUCGGUGCUGGGCCGGGCCGAGCAGGCCUGCGCCGGCCUGCGGGAGCAGGGCUGGGUUUAUGCCGGGUUUAUCCCGGGGCGGAUCCAGCGGUCGGUGCUGGGCCGGGCCGAGCAGGCCUGCGCUGGCCUGCGGGAGCAGGGCUGGGUUUAUGCCGGGUUUAUCUGGGGGCGGAUCCAGCGGUCGGUGCUGGGCCGGGCCGAGCAGGCCUGCGCCGGCCUGCGGGAGCAGCUCCGCGCCGCGGCCGCCCAGAGCCAGGGGCUGCAGGCCCAGCUCAGCGAGAGCCACCGCAAACACGCCGAGGCACAGUGCAAGAGCAAGGAGGAGGUGAUGGCCGUGCGGCUGCGCGAGGCCGACAGCAUGGCCGCCCUGGCCGAGAUGCGGCAGCGCGUGGCAGAGCUGGAGAUCCAGCGGGAGGAGGGGCGCCUGCAGGGCCAGCUGGAGCACUCGGACGCGGCGCAGUACAUCCGGCACCUGCAGGGACACAUCCGGCAGCUCAAGGCCGAGAUCCGGCUGCUGCGGGGGCCGCUGUCCUUCGGCGCGGUGGCCUUGGGGACACGCCUGGGGGACGAGGACUCGCUGGGCUCCUCGGACGAGGAGCUGCCACCGCCCUUCGCCCUGACCCCAGGGGACAUCGGGGACACGGGGGACACCGGGGACAGCAGCGACAGCGAGCCCGAGGUGGCACCCACGGCACCGUGACACACAGGGGACAUCGGGGACACCGGGGACAGCAGCGACAGCGAGCCCGAGGUGGCACCCAUGGCACCGUGACACACAGGGGACAUCGGGGACACCGGGGACAGAGCCCAAGGUGGCACCAAUGGCACCAUGACACACAGGGGACAUCGGGGACACCAGGGACAGCAGCCACAGCCAGAGGUGGCACCGACGGCACCGUGACCCACAGGGGACAUCGGGGACACCGGGGACAGCAGCGACAGCGAGCCCGAGAUGGCACCAAUGGCACCAUGACCCACAGGGGACAUGGGGGACAUCGGGGACAGCAGCCACAGCCAGAGGUGGCACCAAUGGCACCGUGACACACUGGGGACAUCGGGGACAUUCGGGACAGCAGCGACAGCGAGCCCGAGGUGGCACCGAUGGCACUGAGACCUGAGAGGACAUCGGGGACAGCAGUGACAGCCUGAGGUGGCACCAAUGGCACCGUGACACACUGGGGACAUCGGGACAUUGGGGACAGCCUGAGGUGACACCCCAGGGACCCACAGGGACAUUGGGGACAGCCCGAGGUGGCACCCCUGGAAUCAUGACCCACGGGGACAUUGGGGACACUGGGGACAGCCCGAGGUGGCACCACAGGACCCACAGGGACACUGGGGACAGACCAGGGGACAACGGGACACCUGUGGCACCACGGGGACAUCCUGGGUCCCUGUGGCACUUUGGGGACACUGAGGGACACCAAGGACACUGAGGGGACACCUGUGACAAGCACGGGACACUGUGGGGCAUGCAGGGGACAUUGGGUGACACCAGGGGACACAAAGGGACAUUCAGGGGACCCUGAGGGACACGUGUGACACCUCAGGGACACCAAGGGAGACCCAGGGACCCCGAGGGACACGUGUGACACCUCAGGGACACCUGAGGGACACUGAGGAACACCCAGGGGACACCAAGGGAGACCCAAGGGACACUGAGGAACACCCAGGGGACACCAAGGGACAUCUGUGACACCUGAGAGACACCAAAGGACACCUGGGACACCUCAGGGACACCGAGGGACAGCCCUGGCCUGGCUGAUCCCAGACGUGGAGAGGUCCCGGGACAGGGACAGGGACACACCUGAGACAGGGACAGGGAUGGGGACACACCUGGGACAGGGACAGGGAUGGGGACACACCUGGGACAGGGACAGGGACACACCUGGGACAGGGACAGGGACACACCUGAGACAGGGACAGGGAUGGGGACACACCUGGGACAGGGACAGGGACACACCUGGGACAGGGACAGGGAUGGGGACACACCUGAGACAGGGACAGGGAUGGGGACACACCUGGGACAGGGACAGGGAUGGGGACACACCUGAGACAGGGACAGGGAUGGGGACACACCUGGGACAGGGACAGGGACACACCUGGGACAGGGACAGGGACACACCUGAGACAGGGACAGGGAUGGGGACAGGGACACACCUGGGACAGGGACACACCAGGGACAGGGAUGGGGACACACCUGGGACAGGGACACACCUGGAACAGGGACAGGGAUGGGGACAGGGACACAUCUGGAACAGGGACAGGGAUGGGGACACACCUGGGACAGGGACACACCAGGGACCGUGAUGGGGACACACCUGGGACAGGGACAGGGAUGGGGACAAUCCUGAGGCACCCCUGGACCUCUGGACACGUCCAGAGCCCAGGACAGGGACGGGGACAGGGACACUCCUGGGGCAGGGACACUGCCAGGACAGGGGGGACAGAUCCCAGAGCAGGGACAGGGACAGCGCUGGACACUGGACACAGCCGGAGCCCAGGACAGGGACAGGGACAGUCCUGGGAUGACACUGGACACUGGACACUGGACACGGCCGGAGCCCAGGACAGGGACAGGGACAGUCCUGGGAUGACACUGGACACUGGACACGGCCGGAGCCCAGGACAGGGACAGGGACAGUCCUGGGAUGACACUGGACACUGGACACGGCCGGAGCCCAGGACAGGGACAGUCCUGGGAUGGCACUGGACACUGGACACUGGACACGGCCGGAGCCCAGGACAGGGACAGGGACAGUCCUGGGAUGACACUGGACACUGGACACGGCCGGAGCCCAGGACAGGGACAGGGACAGUCCUGGGAUGACACUGGACACUGGACACGGCCGGAGCCCAGGACAGGGACAGUCCUGGGAUGGCACUGGACACUGGACACUGGACACGGCCGGAGCCCAGGACAGGGACAGGGACAGUCCUGGGAUGACACUGGACACUGGACACUGGACACGGCCGGAGCCCAGGACAGGGACAGGGACAGUCCUGGGAUGACACUGGACACUGGACACUGGACACGGCCGGAGCCCAGGACAGGGACAGGGACAGUCCUGGGAUGACACUGGACACUGGACACGGCCGGAGCCCAGGACAGGGACAGGGACAGUCCUGGGAUGGCACUGGACACAGCCGGAGCCCAGGACAGGGACAGGGACAGUCCUGGGAUGGCACUGGACACAGCCGGAGCCCAGGACAGGGACAGGGACAGUCCUGGGAUGGCACUGGACACGGCCGGAGCCCAGGACAGGGACAGGGACAGUCCUGGGAUGGCACUGGACACGGCCGGAGCCCAGGACAGGGACAGGGACAGUCCUGGGAUGGCACUGGACACGGCCGGAGCCCAGGACAGGGACGGGGACAGGGACAGGGACAUGCUGGGACACGGCCGGACACAGGGACAGGGACAGAUUCCAGGACAGGGACAGGGACAGAUGCAGGGACAGGGACAGGGACAGGGAUGUGCUGGGACACGGCCGGACACAGGGACAGGGACAUGGCCGGGGACAGGGAUGUGCUGGGACAUGGCUGGACACAGGGACAGGGACAGAUCCCAGACACGGCCGGAUCCCGGCUGUGGAUCCCAGGCCCGAUCCCCUCCUGGAUGCUGUGGGACCAACAAGGGUGUGACCGGAUCCCCCGGACACCCCCGGGUGGAUCCUGGAGCCCCCAAAUGGAUCCGGAACCCCCAAAUGGAUCCUGGACUCUUCAAAUGGAUUCUGGCCCCCCCCCGGACUCCCUGGAUGGGUCCCAGAUCCCUCUGGACACCCCCCCCCCAAAUGGAUCCCAGACUCUGAACCCCUCCUGGAUGGAUCCCGGAUCCCCCAAUAGAUUCCGGACCCCUCUGGACUUCCUGGAUGGAUCCUGGACCCCCCAAAUGGAUCCUGGGCCUCUCUGGAUCUGCCUGAUGGAUCCCAGACACUGAACCCCUCUGGAUGGAUCCCAGAUCCCCCCGGACCCCUUGGUUGAUCCCAGAUCCCAAAAUGGAUCCAGGAUCCCCAUGGACCCCCAAAAUGGAUCUCUGGCUCCUCUGGAUCUUCUGGAUGGAUCCCAGACCCCCCCAAAUCGAUCCCGGAUCCCUCUGGACCCCUCGGAUUGAUCGUGGAGUUCCUGAAUGGAUCCUGAACCCCUCCGGACCCCCGGGUGGAUCCUGAUCACGGAUGGAUCCCCUGGACAGAUCCCGGGUGGAUCCCCUGGACAGAUCCCAAAUGGAUCCCCUGGACAGAUCCCAAAUGGAUCCCCUGGAGAGAUCCCGGGUGGAUCCCCUGGACAGAUCCCAAAUGGAUCCCCUGGAGAGAUCCCGGAUCCCAAAUGGAUCCCCUGGACAGAUCCCGGAUGGAUCCCUGGGCAGAUCCCAAAUGGAUCCCUGGGCAGAUCCCGGGCUGGGACAAUUGUGGGGACCCCCCCUCCGCCCCUCCCCCGCUGUACAGAAAUACAGGAUCCCAAAAAGCCUCGAA